UAGCGGAAGUGAUUUCACGUCCGGCCUGGCUGUUGUGUUUGGAAGGGGAGAGGGGUGGAGGGAGAAGAACCCGAAUAAAGAGUGGGGGGGCACGAGGCGGCCGUGGCGGAAAAGACCAGCUCGGAGCCCCAGCGCGCACCCUCUGCCGUCCCGCUCCCAACAGCAGUUAACUUUCAGGCUUCAAGUCAAAGGCUCAACCAUGAAAGAUCCAAGUCGCAGCAGUACUAGCCCAAGCAUCAUCAAUGAAGAUGUGAUUAUUAAUGGUCACUCUCAUGAAGACGACAAUCCGUUUGCUGAGUAUAUGUGGAUGGAAAAUGAAGAGGAGUUUAACAGGCAGAUUGAAGAGGAGUUAUGGGAAGAAGAAUUUAUUGAGCGUUGUUUCCAGGAAAUGCUGGAAGAGGAGGAAGAACAUGAGUGGUUUAUUCCUGCUCGAGACCUCCCACAAACAAUGGAUCAAAUCCAGGACCAGUUUAAUGACCUCGUUAUCAGUGACAGCUCAUCACUGGAGGAUCUGGUGGUCAAGAGUAAUCUGAAUCCAAAUGCAAAGGAGUUUGUUCCUGGGGUGAAGUACUAAAUAUAUGAGUAGACUGGGCCCUCUCUUGGUGGAUGUAGCACAAUUUCCACACUGUGAAGCCAGUAUUAGAAGAUUUAAUUGUAAAAGCUCUCUCUUCUCGUCACUGUGUUACACUUAUGCAUUGCCAAAGUUUUGUUAGUCUUGCAUGCUUAAUAAAAGUGCUGAGACUGUUAUUAAGGAAAAAGCUGUCAAAAGUUUAAUGAAAACAUAAUUGGACCUUGGCUUUCUGUGAAGGAGACAGUGAGGUAAGAAGCACCAGUCAAGUUGAGACAAAGUACCAAAUUUAUGAAAACCUCUUGCAGACUCUGUUUUUUAAAAGGAUUUAGGAUUUAACUAAGGAUGGUCUGUUACUAAAACAUGUCAACUGGUGUUAAUUUGCACCUGAUAAUGCCUUAACUUAAAAAUAAAAGCAAGGUUAUUGGAUCAUUAUGCAAAUUAGCUAACUUUCCGUUUCAGUAUUUUUACUAAUGUUAAUUUUUUUCCUUAAAAAAAACUUUACUUCAUGCUCUUCUUUUUGAAAAGUGUGAAUGAACGAUCAUACCAGACUUCUACAGACCUGUGCAGAGUCCUAGAUCUCAGCUACUGAACUAACAAACAAGCAGUUGGAAGAAAUGUCCUAUAUUUACAGAAUAUCGUGUUACAAAUGUUUGUUUCACUUGCUAAUUACAUUUAAGGAGAUAUGUUUCAUCACAAUUUCUUCCAAGAACUUGGCUACAUAGCACACUGUCUAUGUAACUUCUAGCGUACAACCUUUAAUAGAGCUGGAUUUAACCAAGAAAACUUUAGCGUUAGUGAUUUGAGUGGUGCUUUUCCCUUGCUUUGUUUAAUCAUCACUACACAAUAGUCUACAGCACAACAAUUUUUUUCUUUUAAUAAAGCUAGAACAGUUUUGGCUUCUUAAACUUCAUAUUUGGGUAGGUUAAGCUGCCAUACGUGUUCAGUGUGAAUAGUGUUUAAGUUGAAAAUAUUGUAAAAAAAUUAUAUUUUUUCAAAAAUAUUUAAAAAAAUAAAUAGUAGAAAUGA